CUUUUCGAAGUCCCUCGGGUGUUUAUGCCUACGACUCGGCGCUAUCAUAUUGAAGAGAACAAAAUUUCCUCGCUGUUCGAACUGCGAAUGACCUAUAUACAGACGGACCCCACUCUUACAUCCCCUAACACUCACAGACAGUUCAAAUCUCGAAACCAAACACGUGGACAAGCAAAGAAACCCUCCUGUAAUCGGUACCAUUAAGAAUGGAAGAGAGGGGUUGCAUUCCAGUUGGUCUACCGGCUCCCAAUCCACUCCCCUCGUAUUGGCAUAUCCCGAAAUCGCCACUCGCAAAUCACAUAGAGUCUGAAUUACCAUCGGAAUGCGAUUAUGUUAUCAUUGGUUCUGGUAUAUCCGGUACGCUAAUCGCGUACGGUCUCUUCUGUUCCGAACCUGGCUCUCGGGUCGUGAUCCUUGAAGCACGGGAGGCCUGCGGAGGCGCCACAGGUCGGAAUGGCGGCCAUACCAAGGCCGCGAGCUAUAGAACGUACCUACAACAUAGGGAAGAACUAGGGAAAGAAGAAGCGCUGAAGAUUGCGAGGCUGGAGUAUGAGAAUAUUUUGGCUACGCAUCGAUUGGCAAGAGAAAUGAAAUUAGAUUGUGAAAGUCAGGAGUGCAAUACGGUGGAUCUUAUUUACGACCAGGAAACCUUCGAACGGGGAAAAAAUGCGGUCGAAAUACUGAGGGCAGAUGCAGAUGAGUCAGAGAGCAUGGAAGGGGGGAUGGCUUGGUACAAGGUUCACUCGCGGAACGAAGCAAUGGCGCGAUUUUGGGUUGACGACAAGAAUCGGAACCCGGAAUUGGAAGAAGACGAACCGCUAGCUGGUGCUUUCGAGUAUGCUGCUGGUCGGAUUAACGCAUAUAAGUUUGCCACUGGGAUAUUGGAAACUUGCGUUAAGGGGGGCUUGAAGCUGUUCACGAAUACUCCUGUAGAAACGAUUACUCCAGCCCAACUCGAUCGAUCAACGGGGAGUUCGUGCCAUACUGUGUCAACACCAAAGGGAAUCAUAUUAUCUCGUUCUGUGAUCCUCGCAACAAACGGAUAUACCGCAAACUUGCUACCAGCCUUCCAAGGUGUCAUCGUUCCUCUCCGUGGUCAAAUAGCUGCACAAAAGCCUGGAAGCGCACCAAAGUUUCCAACUCCUUUACCGACCACGUAUUCGUUCAUUUACAAGUAUGGAUACGAAUACAUGAUCCCAAGACCGCUCUCUGAAGGCGGUCAGCACAUCAUUAUCGGUGGUGGCCUAGGUCGGCAGCCAGAAGGGGGUGCGGGCGAAUUUGGCACAGUUAACGAUAGUGAGCUAAAUGGGAGUAUCUCAAGAUAUUUGAGAGGUAGUCUGGUGGGCUAUUUUGGUAAGCAAAAUUGGGGCAAUGAGACGGGAGAGAGGAUAACUCAAGAAUGGACCGGAAUCAUGGGUACAACUGCUGAUGGCAUACCCUUUGUCGGUCCUAUGCCCAAAACAACGGGACUGUGGAUUGCUGCAGGUUUUAAUGGUCAUGGGAUGGUGUUGUGUCUAAAGUCCGCGGAAGCCCUUGUUCACAUCAUACGAGGUGGAAGUGUAAAGCAACUUGAUUGGUUCCCUACAAGCUUCUUGAUCAACCAGGCGAGGUUGAGCGAGAGUGUAUUCCAUGGGAGGACUGAUAUGAAGGUCCCAGAAACACGAGGGGAAUCUAUUGCUCAGAGCAAACUCUAA